AUGCCUUCCGUAAAGAUUCAAGAAGUUACAUCCACUGAAAAGACACUCCGUAUUGCUGCUCACUCACACAUUACGGGCCUCGGAUUGGAUCCAAUCACUGGAAAAGUUGCCAGCAAUGAAGCUGGAGGCUUAGUUGGUCAAGAGAGUGCCAGAGAAGCCGCAGGAGUGGUUGUCGAUUUAAUCAAGUCCAAAAAGAUGGCUGGUAGAGCCUUGUUAUUGGCUGGACCUCCAGGAACAGGUAAAACUGCAAUUUCUCUUGCCAUUUCACAAGAAUUAGGAAAGAAAGUACCCUUCUGCCCAAUGGUCGGAUCUGAAGUAUACUCAUCCGAAGUCAAGAAAACAGAAAUUCUCAUGGAAAACUUUAGAAGAAGUAUCGGAAUUAGAAUCAAAGAACAAAAAGAAGUCUAUGAGGGAGUUGUGAUUCAACUGACGCCCGAAGAAGCUGAGGAUGAACUUUCUACAAACUAUGGAAGCAAAGUGAUUAAGCAUGUUUUAAUUGGAUUAAAGACUACUAAAGGCACAAAAACUCUAAGUGGUGCAGUGAAGCGAGUUGGUAGAUCCGAUGAAUAUAUUGCUGAACAUGAUUUGGAAGCUGAGGAAUAUGUGCCAAUACCAAAAGGUGACGUUCACAAGAAGAAGGAAGUUAUUCAAGAUGUUACAUUGCAUGAUUUGGAUGUUGCAAAUGCUCGACCACAAGGAGGACACGACAUGUUUAGCAUUAUGAAUAGCAUGAUGAAACCAAAGAAAACAGAAAUCACUGAAAAAUUGAGAACCGAAGUCAACAGAAUUGUUAACAAGUACAUUGAUCAAGGUGUUGCUGAAUUAGUGCCUGGUAGCUUUGGAGUCUACUCUUGCUCCAAUUGUCAUUUUGCCACGAACAGAGCAAACUGUAAGAUUAGAGGUACAGAAAUUGUUUCUCCUCACGGAAUUCCAGUAGACUUGCUUGAUCGAUUGCUAAUUAUUAAGACAUCUCUCUAUAGACUCAAUGAAAUUGUUCAAAUCAUUGCUCUAAGAGCCAAGACGGAAGGCAUCCAAUUGGCACCAGGUUCUUUGGAAAAGCUAGGAGAAAUUGGUGAUAAAACAUCACUGAGAUAUGCCGUUCAAUUAUUAACUCCAGCAAAUAUUUUGAGCAAGACAAAUGGAAGAGAAGAAGUCACAGCUGAAGAUAUUGAAGAAGUGCACGAUAUGUUCUUUGAUGCCAAGACAAGUGCUGCUCACUUGAGUGAACAUGGAUCUCAAUACAUUGAUCAUGAGCAAUAA